AUGGCUUUUAUGGCGGCGGCCAUUGUGAGAGGCGGUUGUCUUGAAACCUUCGAGGACAGGAAACAAGCAGAUCUGGGAGCUAUACAGACCGCUUGCUGGCAGUCGGGAGCAAAGGAGCAGAGAUGUGUCCUUGGAUGCAGCAACCUGGUGGUCCUCUGGAUGUUUUGUCUCUGCUGGACUACUGUUGUUGCGCUCAACCAAAAGAAAAAGCUCCGACUUCCGGACCGUCCAUUUCACCGAUACCACCAAACGCCAUGGGAGAAAGGAAAAUGCGAGAAGGAGACGAAGGAAAACGAAGGGAACAAAUAG